AUGGGCAUAUCCGCCCGUGUUCCCGAGACGCCAUUGAUGGAAUUUCAGAUGUCUCUACACGACAAGCCUCUCUUGAAGAGGGGGCGCCAUGGAAGACGUCGAUCCGGCGAGGCGGUUCCGGAUAUUGACAGCUCUAUUGAAGCGGAGUCGGGCUCUGGAACCCUCUCACCGCCCAUCAUCGACCGAAUCUUCAAGAUGAAGUCCGCAGUCGCUGGUGCCCUCGCCCUCGCGGCCGCCGUCUCAGCACAAGCGCCCCUAUAUGGCCAAUGCGGGGGCCAGGGCUGGACUGGGGCAACGACCUGCGUUUCCGGGUCAGUCUGCACGUACAGCAACCAGUGGUACUCGCAGUGUCUGCCCGGCUCCGCCGCGACGACGACUUCCCGGUCCAGCACCCUCGCGACCUCGACCCGCGCGGCAACCACCUCGUCCGUCGGCGCAACGUCCCGGACGUCCUCGGCCACGACCCCGCCCAGCACCGGCUUCCCCAAGGCCGUCGGCACCAAGUUCAGCAUCGACGGCGUGGCGAAGUACUACCCCGGUACCAACUGCUACUGGUGCAGUUUCCUCACCAACGCGGCCGAUGUGGACCUUGUCCUGGGUCAUCUCAAGACCUCUGGUCUCCGGAUCCUUCGUAUUUGGGGUUUCAACGACGUCAACACGAUUCCCCAGUAUGAUAACUGGUUCCAGUACCUGAGUGCGUCGGGUUCGCAAAUCAACACUGGCGAGAACGGUCUCGGACGCCUGGACACCGUCGUCGCUUCAGCUGAGAAGAACGGCAUCAAGCUCAUCAUCAACUUUGUCAACAACUGGAACGACUAUGGCGGAAUCAACGCCUACGUCAACGCCUUCGGAGGCGACCACAACGGCUGGUACACCAACACGGCGGCCCAGACGCAGUACCUCAAGUACGUCCAGACCGUGGUCAACCGGUACAAGGCCUCGCCCGCCAUCUUCGCGUGGGAGCUGGCCAACGAGCCCCGCUGCCAGGGCUGCGCGACCUCCGUCAUCUACAACUGGGCAAAGUCCACGUCGGCCUACGUCAAGUCACUGGAUCCUAACCACAUGGUGACGCUCGGUGAUGAGGGUAUGGGUCUGCCUGGAGACACUUCGUACCCCUAUCAGUAUGGUGAGGGAACGGAUUGGGUUGGUUUGCUGAACAUUACUACCUUGGACUUUGGGACGUUCCACCUCUAUCCUAACUCAUGGAGCGUUGGAUACGACACUGGCGCCAAGUGGGUAGCCGACCACGCAAAGGCCUGCGUUGCCGCAAACAAGCCCUGCUUCUUUGAAGAAUACGGCGCGCCAUCCGACCACUGCACGAUCGAGAGACCAUGGCAGAUCGCCUCGGUCGCCACCGCGGGCAUGGCCGGCGACGCUUUCUGGCAGCUGGGAGAUACCAUUAGCACCGGACAGUCGCACAAUGACGGUAACACCAUUUACUACGGUACCGACGAGUGGACUUGCUUGGUCACCAACCACGUCGCCGAGACCAAUUAG